GUGUGGUCCGGUCUUCCAGGAUACAGUGAAUGAUUGCAACACAGAAGUUUUCGGUGCAAUAACGUGUUCAAGGAACUAACACAGGACAGUCGAUAGGUCACAAAAUGGCGGAUGACCAGCCAGCUGACAUCCCAACGAUUAUAGAACCAGUGUCAGAUGAAACAACCAGCCAGGGUGUUCCAGAGGAGGUAGAGGUGCUCUCGGCAACAGCGGAAACAACCGUUUCAGUUGAACUUGAAGUUGCAGAUUCAGACAAAGGAGAACAUGUACCCGAAGCAGACAAUCCUGUAGUACAAGACGAGGGAAAACAGGAUGAUAACAGUACAGAAAAAGGACCUGAAGGGUCUGAGACUGCAGGAGAAGGGGAUGAUGGGACAAAGGAGGACGGAGAGAAAACCUCCGGUGCAAAGGAUGAUGGGACGGGAGAGGAAUCGCACAAAGUUACGAUGACAAUUACUAUCGCCAUGGCGAUUCCAACAGUUGAAGACGAAGGCCCCACGUUAGAAGAAAUGCUUCAGAAGAAGAAGCGACUACUGGAGGCUCCUAAGGCACAGUACUACUUCCACCUGGAGUACUACCUCCUCCCGGACGACCCCGAGCCUCAGAAGGUCGACCUGGUGACCUUCGGGAUGGCGGCCAAGAUCUACACGGAACACGACUCCAAGGUGGUGAAGACCUGGAUGGAAGGGGAGCUGACAUGGGUGGCCUGGACACACAGCCACAAGAUUAUAGUUACCAAAGAGACCCUACUGAAGCUGUACAGACAUGAGCUGAAGCUGAGGAUAUGGGACAGUAAAGACAAGGUGUCACCACGGGCCAGGUUCGACCGACCAAAGGCCUUCAGACUACCAGGGGGAGGUGAUGAGCUGGCAGGGGUGAAGUCCUUGGUGCUGAAACAGUCGCAGAGCUUCAUGGACAUGCAGCCGCUCAAGACACGACAGCGCAUCAGGUCAGAGGUCAGCAAGCAAAGGGACCUGCACAGCAAGAACCAGCAGGGUGGGUUAACAUUGUGUAUGGAGAGCCAGGUCAGUCAGGGAAGUCAGGACAGCNGAAAUCUCCAGACCAGCAGGUCUCGGGCGAGCCCUCCCCAGAAAAGGGCCGCAGCCCCUCCAAGGACCCACAGGGCCUGUCCCCAGUCCAGGAGAAAUCCCCCAGCCCCAGGGGAAAGGCCCCCAGCCCCCAGGGAAAGGUUCAUGAUCUUAUUUUGCUCUGCAGGAAAGCAGUCCAUAACCAACAGGCUGGACAAGCCCGUCCCCUUCAUACAGGAUGUGUAUGUGACUGUGGCGCUGGAUGGAGCCCUGAUGUCAGAGAAACACCUGCGCGAGCUGAACCCCCUCAUCAUCAAGGUCGCUCACGCCUCCAACAUGCCCGCCACACCGCUCAACUACCAGCUGCUCAAAGACAAGUGUGAACCAACAUACAUCUGUUACAAGUUCCUGGACCAGGAUGUGCACAGAAGUAUUGGUAGAGAACAGGACAGCAAUGUCUACUGGGAUGAUCUUAACGUCAUUCUUACAGGGACCCUAGACCCAGGAGAGCUGCGUGAGUUUCUGAUUGGUCCACCCCUCGAGGUUGAAGUUCACGACCGAGACCGGCUGGAUUCCACCCUGAAGAAGCCUCCGACCAUAUUUGGAGAUGACAUGGAGGAUGACAAGAUCCACAAUGUCGGGAUGAUCACAGCACGAAGAACGACCCACAACCCCCUGAAGGAGCGUGAGAAGGUGUGGGAUCCGUACGGCGUGGCUAAGUUCGACAUGUCGGACCUGCUGCUGGGGCAGAAGUCCAUGAACCUGACGGCGCCCAUCCACUGCUGUCCCCUGCCCGACAUGGCCGGCAUCAGGACAGAGGACGGAAAACUGGUGGGCAUCAUUGGAGCGGUGGACGGACCAGAGGCUGCACCAUUGCCGACGGGCCACUACCUGGAGACCAACGCCCAGCUGAAGAUCAGGCUGGAGGUGGCGUACCCCCUGCGGCACCUGGCACCUGCCAGGUCAAAACACAAGGUGCAGACACCCCCGGAGAAAGUGGACUCUGCCGACACAGGCAGCGAUGGGGGGAAACCUGAGGAGCCUGUUGAUGUCAAGCCGCCCCAAUGCCCGUUUGCGCGCAUCAUCUUCAUGUUCCCAUACCACGACAAGGACUUCCUCCACCGUCUGCAGGCGGAGGUCACCGCCAUCAACGCGGCCGCCCUGCAGCUGGACCAGAUGCCGCAGCACGUCAUCGAGGCGGCGCUGUCAACAUACAAGCUAUCAGUGGAACAACAGAAGAGUAAGUCCCUGGACAUCGUGACAGGUUUCCAGGUCCUGGAUGGAGAGGUGCAUGUGUUUGUGUUGGAGGGACUGAGGGACAAGGCUAUCCACAGGAUCUGGUCUGCACUUCCCAGGCCUGAGGUGUCAGAUGAUGUCUUCUUUAGAGUUUUGUAUAACUCAGAGAUGACCUUCCGGCGUCGGCUGUAUGCGGAGUUGGAUGUUGACCUGUGCCGUGUGCGUCUCCACGAGCCCAUCUCUGUCAUCGUACAGCAGCCACUACUCUAUGUCAGAGACAUGGUGCCCAAACCAUGCUUUGACUCACUGGCUAGGAUAGACAAGAUGCUGCAGUCCACCAAGCUGAGGGACGUGACCAGAAAUGACCUCUUCCCCACGGCAGAAAUGGUUGUGUCCAUGAGUAAGGAGUUUGGCAUCCCACUCACCAUGGAGGACUUUGAAGAUCUAAAGAAGCCAGACAGUGAGGAGCAGCCCUCAGACGACUUCACAGCCUCUCCCAUGGACAUGCGCCGCCCCUGGACACCACUGGACAUGUACAACUAUGAGUAUGAGGAGUUUGUCAAGCAGAGAGAGAUGCUGGGGCCACUACGGGACUAUGUCAGGGAAAACAUUGAUUUGGUGGACCAGCUGGCAAGAAUACCAAAGCACAAGAAGGGGAAGACCAUUGCUGCCAUGCCUGUACAGGGACGAGUGCACAACUACAGUACACAGGCACUCAACUCCACAGAACUCGCCAAGGAACUCUUACGACAGGAACUUGCCAAGGAGCCUGAUGCCAGGUUCACCCUGUGCCAGGACUACCAUCACUCCAUGACAGUCGACCCAGUCGACCUGGAGGCAGUGAGGAAGCAGCAGGCAGCCGAGUCCCGAGACCUGUGGAGGACCAAGGACGGCUUCAUCUACCCGGGGAUGAAGACUACCCUGGAGUGUAACGUCCAUCCACACAAGCCUGGGGAGGCCAGGGUCGAGGACCUUAGGAAGCCAUGGAGAGAAGGGCUCCUGCACGCUGCUCAGCUGAAGCCCACCCUCCCCAGACGCGAGCGGUACAGUUGGGACGAGCGAAACAGCGACAUGGAUCUCUGGAAGAGACCGCCCCUGCAUUUUGGCUCUUCUGCACCCAUCACCAUCCACCUUCCUGGGAAACUUCGUGAGGAGGAGAUCAUGGAGGCUGCCAUGAAGGACUAUGAGGACUGGCGGUCCAAGAUCGUCCCCAACGACACGCAGAUGCACUUCCACCGCAUCAACAAACAAACGGAGCUGAAGCAGCGCGGCAAGCGGUCAGGAAACCAGCUGGACAGGCUGCGGGGGCUGCUGAAGGACGAUCCCAGAAAACUGGCCUUAUCCAAGUCAGGGUUUUCACUGAAGGAGAUCCCGCCACUGUCAGUGGUGAACUACCCGAGUGUGGACAGGGACAGUCGAGAGGCCGGUAAGACCCUCCUCCCUGCCGUGGAGAACGAGGGAGAGGAGCGGGGGCCGGGGUUCACGCCGGGACCGCACACCGAGCACAGCUGGCUACUGGAGAAGAACAAGAUCCCCGUACGGGACAUGGAGCAUUCCCGCUUCAUCUCAACUAGAGGCGGCGACUUCAAGUAA